AUGAGUGUAUGUGAAAGAUCACAUCAUCACGUUUUGGUAAACUCUACCAAGAUCAUUUUAAAAGGAGAAACCAAAGAUAGUAUCACAAAAACAACCAAUGAUAGUGGUGGUGAAUCGACAACAUUACUGUUGCCAUCUAAAAACACCAAUGGUAGUCAACCAUACACUUUUACGAUUCCAGAUUUAAUAUUGGACAAUCAAUCAACACUACAACUAGUCAAUACCAAUUUCAUGAAUGAAUUUGCUGUUGUUGGAAAUCAAGUCUAUAUCAAUCAAUUAUCAUUUACCAAUCAUUCAUCAUUACUAUUAUCAAAUAGUUUUUUAAAUUCAACUUUAUUAAAUUCUUUUAAUUCUUUUAUUUUUUCAAAUAAUAGUAAAUUAGAAUCAAAAACAAAUUCAUUUUUAAAUUCAAACUUUACUAUUAUUAAUAAUAGUACAAUUGAUUUUAAUGGUGAUUCAAAGUUUGAAAAUUCCUAUGUAUUGAUUGAUCAUACAAAAACUAGUUUAAAUAAUUUAAAUUUAAUUCAAUCAAAUAUGACUAUUUCAAAUUCUUUAAUUUCAAAUAUUUCAUGGACAUUUAUAACAAUUGAAAAUGAAUCACAAUUAAAUAUUUUAAAUUCAAAAGUAUUUUCAACUUGUGUUAUUGUUGGUAAUAAUGUACUAGCAUUUAUUGAUUUUGAAUCAAAAUAUUCUUUAUUUAAUGAUAAUUUUAUUCAAUUUAAUGGUUCAGAAUUAUCUUUAACUGAACCACCAUAUAAUAGUUUGACAAGAGAUGCAAUGAAUCAUUAUUCAUCAAAAUUAAUGAUUAUUGAACAAGAUUAUUAUUCAAUCAAAGAUACAACCUUUAUUUUGAAUCAAACUACUAUGAAAAUGGAUCAAACCAUUACAUUUGAAAAUUGUUUAUUGGAAUUGAUUGAUUCAAAGAUUCAAUCAAAUCAAGAUUUGGAAUCAACUACUUUAAAAAUAAUAGAAUCUCAAAUUGAUUUAUCCAAUUCAUCAUUUAAAAAAUUGGAUAUUUUCCUUUCAAAUAAUUCUUUAAUUAAUUUGGUAUGUCGAAAUAGAAAAACAAAUAAUAAUAAUAAAUCAAUUAAUAUUGAAAGAUCAAGAUUAAGAUUUAAUAAUCAAAUAUUAAAUGAUACAAUUGGACAAAUGAAUUUAUUUAUCAAUUCAUCGGAUGUUUAUUUAAAUAAUAAUUCAUCGAUUGAUUUCUUUGAGUGGAAUGUUAUGGGAGCUGGAGGUUCGACAUGGUAUUUGGAUGAUACAUCAAGUGUCAAGGGUCAUUUUAAUAUUCAUGGUGAUAUGGUAUCAUCUGGUACACUUGGUUCUGAUAAUGAUCCAAAUCUAAUUCAUAUCAAUGGUAAUCUACAAUUAGAUUCUACAUCCAUUUUAAAUAUUGUUUUAUAUAGUCCUCUAUCUUCAACUAAAGUAAUUGUUGAAAAUGGAUUUGAAAUCGAAGGAAAGAUAAUGAUUUAUAUUUAUCAAGAUGCAGUUUAUCCAAAUUUAUCAUAUGAUGUAUUGAUUAAUAAUUAUUCACCAUUUUAUGAUGCCGAUGGUAAUGGAGGUAAAAGAGUAGAUUUCUCCAAAGCAAAGAUACAAUUUAAAUUGAUGAAAUGGUCAGUCACCAAGAAAUUCAAUGAUGAUGGUGAAUGGGUUGAAACUUCUCAAUCCGUUGUUUCAGAUUACCCAUCAACUGCUCCACUCUACCCAACGAUUGAAUACAUUGAAGGUACUGAAGGCAAGGUUGGAAUGAGAAUUUCAUUUCAAGAUCAAGAUACAACAGCAUUCCAUGUAGACACUGAUAAAGAUCGUCAAAACAAACAUAGAUUAAAGGUUGCAGCAGUCAUUGCAUGGUCAUUGAUUAUUGGGAUUGGGAUUAUCAUCCUAUUGGUCAUUCUAGUUCGUUUGGCCUACCUUAAACUACAACAAAGAAAACUUGAUCAACAUAAUCAGAAAAAGGUUGAAUUUUCUCCCUCUAUUACUUUUGAAUCAAACACAAAUGUUAAUCAAAAAUCAGGUUAUUCUCAAUUUAAUUAA